AUGUCUGAGUUCACCAUCAAUGACGAGGAUUUGAGCAGCCUCAAGGGCAAGGUUGUUGUCCUUACAGGCGGCUCGUCAGGUAUUGGCUUGGCCACAGUUAAGCUGCUGCUCUCGUUGGGAGCAUCAGUAGUCAGCGGCGAUGUCAACCCGCCACCAGCCUCCGAGUCGGCAGAAACACCUGCCUUCCUCUAUGUGCAGACCAACGUAGCCAGCUGGAAUGACCUGACCGUGCUGUUCAAGAAAGCCAAGGAGCACUUUGGUCGCAUCGAUUGCAUCUUUGCCAAUGCCGGUAUCGGCCCCCGUGCCAACUACUUGGCUCUUGAGACAGAUGAGCAGGGCAACCUGAAGGAGCCAUCACACGAACUCAUGGAUAUUGGCUUGAGAGGCCUUAUCAACACAGCCUCUCUGGCCGUUCACUACAUGAAGGAGCAGCCCGAGGGCGGUAGCAUUGUUCUCAUGGGAUCCAGCACCGGUCUACAGCCUCUUCGAGCGAUCGAUUACUCCGCGGCCAAGCAUGGCGUCCUCGGUUUUGGCAGAGGUCUUGCACGAGUUGCAGAAGUUGCGGGAGUUCCUAUUCGCGUCAACACUUUGAUGCCAUCAUGGACGACAAGCAACGUUCUCCCCGAUUUGGAGGGCCUCAUGAGAGGGAUCUCACACGUGCCGCAACCCGCCUUGGUGGUUGCACGCGCUGCUGCUUAUCUCAUGGUCGAUGGUUCCAGACAGGGCACCGUGGUUUAUGUCGCAGAUGGAAAGUACAAGGACAUCGAGAAGACCAUUCUCUUGCCUGCGUACGAUGCUAUUAAGGGAGAGGGAAAUCCUAGCGAUGACGACGUCCUCAAGCGUCUUCUAGAGCUGCCUGCCAACUAA